GUCAUGGCAACUGAACUGUCGUAAACCGACUGCGCUGUGUCGUGUUGUUGUCUUCGUGCUGCUUCGGAUGAACUUUAAACGUCCUAAAUGUCGAGCUCCGGUUUACUUCUCAUCGAGAAACUCGGAUAUUACUGCAUUUUACCAAAACGACGUGGCGACGUGAUCAAAGAAGGCUGCUCAAAUUGAAGCUUGUCAGUCCCAGGUGUAUGUGAAGUCUGAUGAUGGGUGUCUGGCAGCCGAUGACCAACCUUAGAGAUUAUGUUUCCCAGAAUCCUCCAGGGGUGACAUUUUUCCUGUGCCUGUUGAGUCUGGCUGUCUCGUUCAUCUGCCUCAGCUCUUACAGCUUCGCCAACACUCUGCCUAACCCUGACACAGCGACGGACUGGAACCGUAUCCUGUCCUCCUUAUCACAGUUCCAGCUGUGUGUGAAAGCCAACGCAAGUUCGUCUGAGCCUGUCUUGCCUGUCCCCUCUCCUGUGAUCGACAGAGACACUUCAGUUGAGUCCACAGUGAAUUCCUCUGUCACCAGUUUGCGUCUCAAGGUUCCUCUGACUGUGACUACCAGCUCAGACAGUGGCUCUUUGAAAGACCUUAGUCUCCACACUACCAUGAGAGCCAAGCAACUGAAUCUGGGAGGCGACAAGCUUGUUAAUUUGACUCUGGAGUUGUCUGAAAGUGACACCUACACCUGUCUCACCAUAAGUGCCCCGACACACGUCCUGCCCAUGAGCCUACUUCCACCGAAGUGCCCUGCAACGGAGAAAAACAUUUUACCCAUUCAUGUGGAAGUGAGCAACCAGGUGCCCACAGCGUCACAAACCUGCUACAAUCUACACUCCAAGAAUGACCCUAAACUCACAGUCAUGUUAACAAAGGAGGAGCAGAGUGUGGCAGUGCGACAUCUGUUGGAAGUCAGCAUGUGUCUGCUGGGAAUUUGUGUGAUUCUCUGUGUCAUUGCUUGUCUGACACAAUCUGCCAUUCGCCGCUACAACUGGAAUGGACUGGAUCUACAAAAUGAGCCCUUGAUGGACAGCUGAGCAUUUUUCAUCCUCUGCAUCCUGAAGAAUCAGCUGGUGGUUGAGAGUAAACAUCAAUAUGUAUCUGUACUUCCCGUUGAUUUUACAGAAGUAACCAGUUCAUACGUCCUGUGGGGUACUACUCAGCCUGCUAAAACAGCUGCAUAACGUCUUGUGUGGCUCUGGAAAUGGCUUCCAUAAGCCUGAGAAAUUAACCCUGAUGAUGUCAUGAGGGUUAUCUGAGCUUGGGUGUGCAGACUACAUAUUUAUGUAGUAUCUAGCAAAUUUCAAGCUCUACUCAGACAAGGGACUAAAAGUCAGGAUAUUCCCCCUCAUUUGUGUCAGUUUUGACCAUUUUUAAUCCAUCUCACACUUGAAGGUACGACACCAAAUCAGUGGAAGAUUCCUGCUUUUGGAAACUGAAAUAUUAUAUAACAUCCAAGUGAGACACAUGGUUGUGAUGAAGGAGUUAAUUUUUAAUGGGACCAUUGUGUAAUGGGAAUGCUGGUCAUCCCUACACUGUUGACUGGUCAUGCAUUCACUAUCUGUAUCUUAUGUUCAGUGCAUUCCAUGUGUUAUUUUCGGUUGAACUUCUUUACUGUAAUUUAGCUUCCACAUGCCCAGAAUGACUUUUAACAGCUUCUAGAUGGACAUUAACUUGCUGUAAUCAGUCAAGUGAUUUAAUGUAAUGUACUUAGAAUAAGUAUUUUCCAGUCAAAAAUCUGAAUCUGAUUUUUUUUUUUAAACUGUAGUAUGUACUGUUUGCCUAAUAACAUGUUUUCGGUUCCAAAAAGGUCUUAUAUUUUACUUGUUUUACAACCCAGUCUUCAUAUCUGACAUUGAAGGUUGAUUGAAUCCAGAUGCCAGACUUACAUUAAGUAUUCUUGCAUCAACCUACAUGUGACUUGCCACUUUAAAAGUGAGUGUUGAAGGAACGCUGAAAUCUUUCUUGCUUAAUAUAUGUUUUAAAACAAGAACUUUAAGCACAGUAAGUGCAGGGAAAUUACCAGGGUUAAUGAAAUGACAUGUGUUUGUAUGCACUAAUGUCUCAGAAACAAAUGACUGGCAUUCUGUUUUCACACUGUUUUUCUAAUUUUAACAAGAAUUAAACUUGAAUGAAAAAUAUA